AUGAACCAGGGCGGUGCACUCGGAGGGCAGGCGGGCGUUUCACGUACGAACCCUCCCAUGAACGGCGCGACAAGCGAUCAAAGCCACCGGCAGGAAGAGAAACUUCUCCACAAAUACGGGAACCUUCCGAACCGGCGAGACAUUCUUCAACGAAGGCUGCGUGCGAACCACUUGCACGAACGAAAGUUUUACGACAGCGCGGAUGCGACCCUGGCGAAAGCCGGGCGGGAGAGUGUUGACCAGGUUGGCGAGUUUCAUCCGUAUGUGCCGCCGGGGCUGACGCCUCUCACUCGUCGUGGACUGAACGGGACCUGCUCCGCCGACCAGAAUAGUGGCGGAAGUUCAGCAGACGAGGGCAGCGAUUCAGUGCACGGUCGCCCCAGGCCGGACGCAACAGCUUCGCUUGCUGGUACCGAUGAGAUCGGAUCGAACGGUGACCGAACGCGACUACCCUCUUUUGGUGCUGAAAUACAGCGAGAAGGCUCAAUGGCCUCUUCUGGCUCAUCCAUCGGUUCCGCUGCAGGCUUCGUUCCGCUUCGGAGAAGUGCCGAAGUGCAGCGCAGUGAGUUGCCACCUGUUGCUGAGCCGGACUCGGUUGUCCUCGGUUUCCCAGAGCGUCAAAAUGAGGAGAGUAUCGGCGACUAG